AUGUCUACAAUAGCUUCUCCUCGCGAACCUCCUCGUCGCACUCCCACAAACUCCAACCGUCCCUCCUUCGAAACCUCACGAUCCGCUGUCGUUUCCCCCGUCCUCACACAAGGACCAACCGCUCCCCCAGGACCUCCCCCGACGCAGCGCAAGACAUCCUCAAAUCGAGCUGCUCUUCGCGAGUACUACAAUCUCCGUGCCUCAGCCCCACGCAUCGAAAUUCCCGACUCUGAAGUUGCGGCCACUGAGAUCGAUACCCCUGACUUUGACACGGAGGACUAUGUUGCCAAAGUUAUCGCCAAGAGCAGUCUCGAGGAGCUCUUGCGACUGUAUACUCGUGUUGUGGGUGAAGUGCGGGCGUUGGACGCGGAGAAGAAGGCCUUGGUGUAUGAUAAUUACAGUAAGCUGAUUACAGCGACUGAGACGAUUCGCAAGAUGAGAGCGAAUAUGGACCCUUUGAACCCCAUGGCCUCAACACUCGACCCAGCCAUCGCCCAGAUUUAUAGCCAAGCAUCAUCCAUCCGAGAAGCCCUGCGCGAAACAGUUCCCACGCCAGACUCCGAACAAGGCAAGAAACGAGACGCCGCGGCCAGACAACAACGGACAAGAGAACUCGCAGUACAAGUUCUAGCGACUCCCGAACGGCUGCGUGCACUUGUUAGCGAAGGAAAGAUUGCGCAAGCACGCAAGGAGUGGGUGAUGCCGCGAAAGCUACUAGAGUCAUGGAAAGAGAAAGGAAUUGGUGGCAGCGAUGUCGAGGAGUGUAUUGAGGAGGGAGAUGAGGCGUUGAGGCAGGUUGAUAAUAAGAGCAGUGCUUCUAGCCCGAGGAUAUCAAGGGAUGAACGACUAUCAAGAGAUAGUCGAGUAUCAAGAGAUGGACGGUGA